AUGUCCGAGUCUGCGAUGUCCGAGUCUGCGAAGUCCGAGUCUGUGAACCUCCAGGAUACUGUGGUUCCCGGUCCCUCAUUGGCGGCUCCUCCAUACUCCGCCCCUCAGUCCUCGGAUCCAGGAGCCUUCAGUCCCGGGGCAGAGCUCCCCACAGACCAGACCGGACCUCCUCCUCCGUACUCUGCUCUGGCUCCACAUCUGUGCGAAGAAAAAGGACUGGGUUCAUGUGAGACUUUCCCAGAACCAGGACCGAACCCAGACCUCUGCCCCGACGAGGCGGCUCUGACCCCGUCUGCGUUUGACGACAAAACUGUGAGGAGAGCCUUUGUCCGGAAGAUCUAA